AUGCUAUUGAUUAUAAUAGUUGGACUACUCACUGCCUUUUUGUUUAAACAUCUUUAUUGGAAGCGACGGAACUUCCCUCCAGGUUUUUUCUCGAGAGAUUCCCAUCUUUUCAAUAUGUACAGGACCCACACCAUUACCCUUUUUGGGCAAUCUGACUGUUUUGAAGAACUACGAGCCGGGAUACGAGUGCUGGAAGAAGUUAAAGUAAGGCUUCUCUCACACAUCUGCUCUGUGAACAGAAUUGAUAAUUCUUCAGAUUGGGACAUCUCGCAAGUAUAUAUAUAUAUAUCCUUAUUCUUUUCACACUGAGAAAAAAAAGAAACUCCAAAAAAAUCGAAAACGAUAUAAAUUUCUGAGAAUUUCUUCAUAUUUGCAGUCAAAAAAGGCCUAGAAACGUGAAAAACCAAUUCCAUUUUUUCAGCAUCAGCAGAAAUAAUAGGGAACAAAAACCAGUUUUCUGGCGAAAGAUGAAGAUUUUCCGUAUCUUUGUUCUCUCUUUGGUAAGUUGUGUGAAUAGUGUUUCGAAAAAGUAUUUUACAAACGAAUUCUAUUAAAUCUUGAGCUUCACUAUCCAGAUUUCCUUUGAAGAACAACUUAGCAAACGAAAAAGCCAAUCAAAAACCACCAAAAGGAAACUUUUUCUUAGAAAUAUUUCUCUAGAGAAGACUAUGGACCGGUGUACACGUUCUGGCUGGCCUCGCUGCCGUCGGUGGUCAUCGCCGACUACGAAAUCAUCAAACAGACAAUCAUAAAAGAUGGCGGAAACUACGUGGGACGUCCCUAUUUCCCAAUCUCCGGCAAAAUGCGUGGUUUGAUUUUUCAUUUUUCCUCGAGAAAUUAAUCGGUAGAUCUUACGGUAAGGAUUAUUGUAAAAUUUUUGAUUUCCUUUUUGUAAAAUGUUGAACACCUUUCUAUAUAUGAUAAUUCAGAUUUUCAAAAUUUUGAGAAAAGGCGAGGAGCAAUCAAAAUAAAACUGAAUUUUGACAAAGAAUAAAAAUUCAGGAGGGCAGCUUGGACUGAUCGAAGCGGUGGACGAUCGAUGGGUCCAACAUCGUCGUUUUUCCCUCCAAGUUCUGCGAGACUUCGGCCUUGGCAAGAACUUGAUGGAGGAAAAAGUUGGCGGGAUUUCUAAAAAAGGAAAAGAUUGCGAUUUGCAGGUAAUUAUCGAGUCGCAGAACUUGAUCGAAUUGCUGAAGAAACAAAUGGAAAGCGGACCUGUAGAUAUUCAAAAUAAUGUGGAUUCAGCUGUCGGCUCUAUAAUCAACAAUAUUUUGUUCGGCUACCGAUUUGAUGAAGUGAGUGAAAAGAAUUGCUCAGAAGGAAUAUAUUUUCUUUUUGCGGUUGGGAAUUUCCUCGAAAUCAACCAAAGCGAUCCUCGUUGUACCAGACAAGAUCUCGGAAAUUUUAGAUUGCACAACUUUCUAGUUUUUGAGAAAAUACACAUCAAAGUCGAAGAAAUCGUCAAGAUCCGUUUAAAAAGGCUUUUUUCGGGAUUUCCUAAAAACUUUCAUAAGAACUCUACGAGGUACUAGAUUGAGGUUCUGUACGUCUGUCACUUCAAAACGUCCUAUUUUUCAAGAUAUUCUUCAAAACUCGCUCUUUUGGACAUUGCUAUCCAUAAAAACAAGAAGCGAACAAUUGCGAUUUCUAAAAUUGAGUGGAAUCAAGAAACUUGAAAACAAUUUUGGAGAAAUUCAGUGUGAGUAGCAACAAACAAGCUUUUUUUGAUAGUUGGCAUCUUUUUUUUUUGAGCUUUAUCACAAUAUUUUUCUCAUUUUACUGUUCAAAACUACACAUUGCUCAAAUGUAUUCAAACUCAACCUUUCCAGUCCAACAUGGAGCAGUUUUUGACGAUGAAAGUCGGCCUCGCGAGACAUUUCGAACUGGCGGCUCAUCCGAUCGGAAUGAUCAUCGGCAUGUAUCCGUUCUUGGAGAACUUCCCCUACUUCAAAGACCAAUUCAAGAGUUGGCAUAGGAAUUCUGUUUCUCAUAGUAUUCAGAAUUGUUUCAGUUGUCGUGAACAACUGGAACACCCUGUACGAUUUGUUCGGCAAACAGAUCGAAGAGCACGAGAAAAUCAUCGAUUAUGACACGGCUGAGUACAGUGACUACGUAGAGGCUUUUCUGAAGGAGAAGAAAAAACACGAAGAUGAGCCUGAUUUCGGAGGAUUCGAGUGAGUUUUCCGUUUGGGCUAAUCUAAGGAAAUGAAGCGAAAAAAUUUUCAUAAGUUAAGAUAAAUCUAAUUUUACGUAUGCUUUAUUUAUAAAAAUUUCAGUAUAACAUUGUUAUUCAAAAAUAUCUCUUUAAAAAAGAGCAAGUUUUUUUAAAAAGUUUGCCGCAAUCGUCUUCGGACUUUAUCUUUGUCUUUUUUUUCGCGCUUUCUUCUUUUUUUAUUGUCAAAAAGAAAAACUAUUUUAAAAAGAUAAUUUUUAACUAAACUUCAAAAAAUUAACUUUAAAAAAAUCAUUCAACGCUUCCUAUUACAGAAUCAUGCAGUUGAAGAACAUGUGUUUCGAUCUUUGGGUGGCCGGAAUGGAGACCACGGCCAACACUUUGUACUGGUCCGUCCUGUACGUACUUCUCGACGAGGAGGUCCAUCGGAAAGUCAAGAAGGAGCUUCGUGACGUCAUCGGCAGCGAUCGCGUCAUCACCAGCACCGACAAAAGCUCGUUGAACUACGUAAAUGCGACGCUCAAUGUGAGGCCCUUCUUUAAUGAAUUAGUCUUUUUUUCACAGGAAAGUGGAAGGAAAAUAAAUCUGGUCAUAUUCUCAUUCGACUUGAUUUUUAGAAUUGGCUUACUUGAAAUAAUGUUUUCUGACUCGUAACAGUUAUUUUCCUCCACAGGAAAUCCAACGACUCGCCAACCUUCUUCCACAAAAUCUUUCUCGAGUUGUCGGCAAGGAUACUGUAAUCGGCGGACAUUUGAUCAAGGCUGGAACCAUUUUGACCCCACAAAUCUCAGCAGUUUUGUACGACGAUAAGGUUCAAAAAAAAAAGUUUUUUCCGAAAAUAAAUAAUGAAAUUUAGAUCUUCCCUGACCCUUAUCGAUUCGAUCCAACAAGGUUUUUGGACGAAAACGGCAAUGUCAAAAAAAUUGAAGAGGUUUUUUUUUAGAUGAUAUGGAUAUGUUCAAAAAAAGAUCUUUAGUUCAUCCCAUUUUCGGUCGGCAAACGACAAUGUCUCGGAGAAGGCUUGGCCAAGUUGGAACUUUUCAUUUUCUUCGCCAACUUCUUCAAUCAGUUUGAUGUGAGCUUUGAUGACGACCAAAAAAUUUAGAUGGAGAUUAAAUUCAGGCCGAAUUCGAUCCCGCUGGCGGAAUUCCAACAACGAAAAAGCGGUUUGGCGUGACGAUGAAAGCAGAAAAUUAUAAACUUGUUUUGAAAAACAGUUAUUGA